AUGCGCCUAUACGCUUCUCGCUUUCGCGCUCUUCUGGUUCUCAUUGUCGCAAUCAGUGCUCACAGAACUGCUGAAGCCUCAACGUGCAAGACUCUGCUCGACUCGACCAGCACAUUCGCUAAGUCCCUGGCUUCUUGGACUGAGACCGACCUCUCUUCGAUCGACUUCCCCACCGUCUUCAAGGAGAUCAAUACUGCGCUCCCUUGGUUCUCCAAGUGUGCAGCAGCCAUCGACCCCAAGGCAAUCUACACGUCCUUGGCCAGUUCCUCGUCCGUUAAGAGCUGCUUUUCUGCGCUCGAGAGCUUCGAUGGGGACCUUGGCACCAACGACGGAUGGUCAAGUAUGUGCACUAUAACUGAAGAUACCAUCAUGCCGUGUGUCAAGUCUGUCAUGACCAACACCAUCAUGGACGCUUUGGACAGCACUGGAGGUUGUUGCGACGACUUCAACAACGAGAUGAAUACUCUGUUUGGUGAUUCUCUCGACGAAUUCGUGAUUAAACUCACUGAACUCAGUGCCAACAUCGCGUGCAGUGAGCGAACGUUCACGAACCUCAAGAGUGUGUCAACUAAAGAAAUGUGUGGCUACUCCAUCUACAACGCCUUCACCUUUAUCCAGUCGGACGAUGAGAUCUCGUCUCUGAUGAACCUGGCCGAAAUCCCCAACGACCAAAUGUGCAAUGCGUUUGCAGGCAAGGCUUUCACCAACACGGACGGUAAAAGUGUCACGAUUGGAUUCGGCACCAACGGAGUCGACACUAUGGGCAUCUGCCUCGAUCCUAUCGAUACCUUCAAUCAGUACAUGAAGUCGUGGGGUAUCUUCUCGGAGACUAUGAAUGCAGAUGGCACAACUGUCUCGCUAUCGGAUCUCUUCACGUCGGGCAAGUCAAUCACUGGUGACGUCUUCUUCUCCUAUGCCACCACGUCGACGAAUCUGCCGUUGAUCGGGCUUCGAGCCACGGACAACGUGAUCAAGGCUCUGGGUGGUGGAGAAGACAACGAGACUGACACUUUCUUGGAGGAUUGGUUUGUCGACACACUCAACGGUAUGAAGGCCGACGCAAAGUCGCUAAAUCUCCACAUCCCAAACAAUGGCGACUGCAGCUACUCUGGCCAGUCAAUCACGGUGCCGUACGAGGAGACCUCCUCUGCGGUUACUGCUACCAGUGCGGCCUCCUCGAUCAAGUUAUCGGGGCUUAUGACGGCCGGUGUGGCGCUGCUUUCGACGGCGUUGCUGAGUGCCAUCCUGUAGAUCUUCUCAGUCUGUAGCAGGAACCUUGACUUUUUAGAACAGCCAACUCAAAUUUCUAGAUCUAAACAUUUAUAAACACAACC